GCAGGCGCGGCCCCGGGCUCCCUGCUCUGGCACUUUCUGCUUCCUAAAUCCUGGGGAAUGAGAAGAACUGGGUGGCAUCAUUCUGGGUUAGUGGCCCGGCGGUGUGGGCGAAAGCAUGUGCGCAUGUGUAACGAGAGCGAGGAGUCGGGCCCAGAGCUGGGGUGUAAAAGUGUGUGGAAGGGGGAGGGGAAGAGUCUGUGUCUCCUCGUGUGUUUCUGAGAGUAGGAUAGAAGGGGGAUCCCACCUCCCCGGGCCAUGGGGAGCGCCGAUCCAUGGAUUUAUCAGCGAGUCAAUUCAUCAGAAUACACUCAUUAGGCACCUGCUGUAUGCCAGGCUCUGGCCUGGAGCGGCUUCCCAUUUGAAGGAGGAGAAGCUGGGCGGGAAAAGGAAAUGGCAGUGAGGAGAGAAGGCUGUGGCGCCCCAGGCUGGGGGACUAUUCCUUUAUAACCCCUCCCCCCCAAGAUACUAAGCCCAGGGGCCCAGGCAGGAGGACUCCAUUUCCCAGAAUGCCUAUGUCAUGACAUCAUGCCCUCCCCUUGGAGGACUCCAUUUCCCACAAUGCCGUUUCCUGACUUCUCCCUAGUCUUGGCUCCUCCCCACAGUGGCAGUCUCAAGGGAUGCUGGGAAUCUCCUGUGGGCAGUCUCAGCUGCUGAAGGCUCACAGGUGUGCUUCUUGGAUCUUUGCUAGGCGCACAUCGCGGACGUCUCCCCCUCGGGGCUGCCACCCCUGAAGCACCCCAGGGUGACACCGCAGAGAGCCCGCAGCCAGAGCAAUGGCCCCCGGGACCCCGAGGCCCCCCUCCCAGGAGUCAAUAACCUUCAAGGAUGUGGCUGUGGACUUCACCCAGGAGGAGUGGGGCCUGUUGGACCAUUCUCAGAAAGAGCUGUACCUGGAGGUCAUGCUGGAGAAUGUGCAGAAUGUACUCUCUCUGGGGCUUCCAGUUCCUAGAGAAAAUUUUAUCUCCUGUUUUCAGCUUGGGAAAACACCAUGGUUGCUAGAACAAAAAAGCCUACGGAGCUCCUGUCCAGAGACAGAGACUAAUUUUGAGGUGAAGGAGAUGUCUACAAAGCUGAGCCUCUUUGUGGAAGAAUCUGACCCCCAAAGAUGCAUGAAUGAGGGUUCUCGUGACUUCAUUUUGAGAAAAAUAUUUGACUCUAAUAUUAAGGUAAAUAAAAUUCCAAAGACGGAUCAUGAAUUUGAUGAAACUUCCAAGAAAUUUAGCCAAUAUUCAGUCUUAAACCAGUAUACAAACUUGACCUCAGGAAAUGACAGUUGUCAGGAUAGUGAAUAUAGAAAAUGCAUUCCUGAAGAAGUAGGACUUGUUCAGUCACAUGAGAAACCUCAUGAAAUACCCAUGUAUGAAGGUAACCUAGAGGGAAUGGCCUGUGAUUGGAGUUCAGACCUCAUUAGACAUCCAAAAAGUCAACAUGUAGAGAUGGUUUCUAUGAGUGAUAAAGAGAGACCUUUCAAUCAGAACUCUGAUCUUCUUGCACCUCAAAUAAUCCACUAUGGAGAGAAACCUUAUAAAUGUAAGCAGUGUGGAAAGACUUUCAGAGAGAGGGGCCAUCUUGCUACACAUCAGAAAAUCCACACUGGAGAGAAACCUUAUGAAUGUAAACAAUGUGGAAAGACUUUCACAAAAAGGGGAAAUCUUGCUACACAUCAGAGAAUCCACACUGGAGAGAAACCUUUUGCAUGUACACACUGUGGAAAGGCUUUCAUACAGAAGGACGGUCUUUCUGCACAUCAGAGAAUCCACACUGGAGAGAAACCUUAUGAAUGUAAAGAGUGUGGAAAGGCUUUCACACGGAGGGGCUCUCUUGCUGCACAUCAUAGAAUCCACACGGGAGAGAAACCUUAUGAAUGUAAAGAGUGUGGAAAGACUUUCACACAGAGGGGCUCUCUCGCUGCACAUCAGAGAAUCCACACUGGAGAGAAACCUUAUGAAUGUAAAGAGUGUGGAAAGGCUUUCAAACGGAGGGCCCAUCUUGCCAGACAUCAGAGAAUCCACAUUGAAGAAGAAUCUUAUGAAUGUAAACAGUGUGGAAAGGCUUUCACAAAGAGGACCCAUCUUUUUGCACAUCAGAGAAUCCACACUGGAGCAGAACCUUAUGAAUGUAAACAGUGUGGAAAGGCUUUCACUCAGAGGAGCCAUCUUGCUGUACAUCAGAGAAAACACACUGGAGAGAAAUCUUAUGAAUGUAAACAGUGUGGAAAGACUUUCACAUGGAGGGGAAAUCUUGCUGAACAUCAGAGAAUCCAUACUGGACAGAAAUCUUAUAAAUGUAAACACUGUGGAAAAACUUUUGCAAUGAGGGGCCAGCUUGCUGCACAUCAGGCAGUCCACUCUGGAGAGAAAUCUUAUGAAUGUAAACAGUGUGGAAAGGCUUUUGCAGAGAGGGCCUCUCUUGUUGUACAUCAGAGAAUCCACACUGGAGAGAAACCUUAUGAAUGUAAACAGUGUGGAAAGGGUUUUACACAGAGAGGCAGUCUUGCUAUACAUCAGAGAAUCCACACUGGAGAGAGACCUUAUGAAUGUAAACAGUGUGGAAAGACUUUCACAAUGAGGGGAAAUCUUGCUGCACAUCAGAGAAUCCACACUGGAGAGAAACCUUUUCAAUGUCAACAAUGUGGAAAGGCUUUCAGAGAGAGGAGCUGUCUUGCUGCACAUCGGAGAAUCCAUACUGGAGAGAAACCUUAUCAAUGUAAACAGUGUGGAAAGACUUUUACACAGAAGAGCCAUCUUCCCAGACAUCAGAGAGUCCACACUGGAGAGAAACCUUAUGAAUGUAAACACUGUGGAAAGACUUUCACACUGAGGAGUCAUCUUGCUAAGCAUCAGAGCAUUCACAUUGCAGAGAAACUUUAUGAAAGUAAUCAGUUUGAAUAGGCUUUCACAUAAAGCUCCACAGUUGUUUCAUGUUAGAAAAUCUCCACUGAAAUGAAACCUCAUAAGUGAGGCUGAACUUAUAGUUGCCACUUUUAGAUUAUUUAACAUAAAAGGAUCCACACUAGAGAGAAAUGUUAGAUCAAUGUGGUAUGGCCUUCAGGCAACAAUCUUGUCUUAUUCCCAGCCAAGAAUUCCUUUUGCAUAAAAAUCUCAUGACUGUCAUGAUUGGAGAAAGACAUUGAAAUGGAAAAUCCAGAGCUUGUUCUGUAUGAGAAAAUGUCUUCUGACCAGAGCAGUUCCAGAUGGAUUCCCUGUAGGAAAGCUUUCAGCCAGAGAUCAUAUCUCUUACUUCAUAUCAGAGGAUUCACAGUGCAGAAAAACCUAAUGAAUGUGCUCAAGUUGUAUGUGUUUUCCUCAGGAGGAGAGUGAUCAGUAUUAUUUAGAGAAAUUCAAAUUAUAAUAAGUCUGAGGGACCACCCCACAUCUCUUAGAUUGACUAUUAUGACAAAAGGAAAGUGACAAAAGUUGGAGAAGAUGUGGGAAAAUUUAGAUACUAAUGAACUAUUGAGGGAGUUGUGAACUGAUUGAACCAAACCAUUCUGGAAAGAGCAAUUUUGAACUGUGUCCAAGGGGCAUUAAAAAAGGAAAAGGAUCCAUAUGUAUUUAAAAUAAAUAAAACUUAAAACUGCUUUUUUGGGGAUGAUGAAAAAAUUGAAAAGAGAAAACUCAUCAAUUGGGAAAUGGCUAGUGUUGUAUGAUUUCACUGGAAUACUGUUGUUUUAUAAUUAAUGAGGAGAAGGAGGAGGUCAGAAAAACCUGGAAAGGCUCGAGAACUGAAUGAGACUGAAUUUAGUAGAACCAGAACACUGCACAUUGUUACAGCAGUAUUGUCUGCAAAACUGUGAAUUGAGCUAUUCUCUACAACAUGAUGAUCCAAAACAAUCUUAAGGAACUCAUAAAUUUCAUCCAUAGAACUGAUACAGAUUGAAAUCCAAAGAAAAAUGUUUUCACUUUUAAAUUUUUUAUUUUGUUAGUUUUGUUUAGUUCCACAGGAAGGUCAAUAUGGAAAAAUGUUUGGAUUGCACAUGGAAAAUCUGUAUAAGAUUGUUUAACGUCCCUUGGGCAUGGGGGGGAUCCAAGACUUGAAAUUUUUUUUUAAAUGUUGGAUAUCAUUUUUACACAUAAUUAUUGUAAAAAUCAGAGAUGAUAGAGAAGAGUUGUAUGCUCAUUAGUGAACAACAUUUUUUCAAAAUGAAAGGAUAUACAGGGAAUGAUUAUAGGAAGGACUUCUUCACAUUGAGCUCAUUUUUUAUUAUACACUGGACACAUUAUAUUGGAGAUAAGAUUCAAUGUCUUCAAUUUACCAGGAAAGGCAUUUUGUUGUAGCAUAGACUUCAUAGACUGUCCCACAGAGAAACCCUCAUUAAACAUUCCAAAUUUCAUACUGUGCAAAAAAAAAAUAAUACGAUAAGGACUUUUCUCUGAAAUCCUAAUGCUUGUCAUUCUUCCUCACUAUUUGUUGGUGUUCCAUCUAUUGCAGUUUUUUUAGCCAUUCUUUAGUUUAUUGGCACUCACUUGUUUCCUAUUUUUUGCUGGUACAUGUAGAUCUUACCAAAUUUAAAAAAAAAUGAGUGCAUGGGGAAGAUAUAAAAGGGAUUGGAGAAAUGAUCCCUACUACGCAGUCCAUUCUAUCUAAGGCUCAUGAUGCAGUUGGCUGAUUUCUGUCUCAGCAGAAGUCCAAUCCUGCCAAUGAAGUAAUAAGGGAGGAUUUGAGGUGUCCAAGUCCACCUUGUCUCUCAAAAUACCAACUAAUGGGGACUCAGCAUAUCCCAAGGUUGAGCUGUCAGGCCAGACAGAACUCCCUUUAUAAGCAAGAGGCAAGGCACUGGGUUGAUGGUGAAGGAGACACAUUUUUUGCUUAUGGGAAUAUCAUGCCCCCAUUGAGAAACCAUAUUAUCCUUGAAUAGCCUCAUAUUCUUUAUCGGUUAAAAUUUGAAUGCUACACAAUAAAACAUUUCUGUACUGAUGAACAAAGUCCCAAUUACUCCUCCCUCUAAUACUUACUUUCCCUCUAAUCAGAGUUAUUAUAAUGGAGAAGGGAAGAGGAUAAGAAUUUCACUUGCUCUAAUAGCUCAAAAGGAAACAAGGAGAUUUAAGCAGAUCUCUUCAAUUUUCUCCUUUCAAGUAUAGCCAAUUAAAUAUUUGAUGAGUUUUAACAUCAAUGUCAUACAAAAUUAAAUAAUACAGUAUUAUACAUAGUAUUAUAGUCAUAUUUUAAGUGUUAUAGAUUAUUAUAUAACCAAUAUCACAUAAUAUAAUUUCAUUAUAACAAAUUCUUUCAUGAUUUCCAUAAAGGAUAGUCAAAUAAGUUAAGGAUAGAACAUAAUGCUUAGAAUUAGAUUUGUAACUGAAAUUAGAAUUAAAAUUCAUGAAAAAAACAUUAAUUAAAACACAGGAUCAUCAGGGCUGAUAAAGUACGAUUUUUAAAAAAUGUAUUUUUUCACCUUUUCAAAAAUGUAGUUUAUAAUCCAGCAACAUCAGAUUGUAAGAGAAGCUGCUUUUCUACAGCAUAUCUUUACAUGGGCUCGCCAAAUUUUACCUUUUCAUAGAUAAUAUGUUGAGUUUGAAACCUGAAACAAAGCUAUCAAAUUACCUUUUACAUUUUUAAUCACAUCUAAAAUCCUGUAUGAGACUAUCUAAUAUGAAUAUUUUUUUAAAGCAACAAUAACAAGAAUAAUGGGGUAACUAGGUGGCUUGCAGGAUUGAGGGACAGGCGUAGUAGAGAGAGCUUCUAGGUUCCAAUCUGGCCUCGGAUGCUUCCUAACUGUAACCCCAGGCAAGUCACCUAAACCCUUUGCCUAGGGAGGAUUUAAAAGAUAAUUACAAUAACAAGGAUUCACAUUUACAUAGGGUUUGCCAUAAACCAUUUAGGCUAUUAAACCUAUUUUUAUAUGACCCUUUAGGUGAAAUCCUUGGGCUAGUAAAUUAUAUAGACUAUGAAUUGUAUUUCCCAGCAUUAUAGUUCUUCCUCAAAACUGUUAACACUUCUUUUUUAAACCUCUACCUUCCAUCUUGGAGUCAAUACUGUGUAUUGGUUCUGAGGUAGUAGGGUGGUAAGGGCUAGGCAGUGGGGGUUAAGUGACUUGUCCAGAGUCACACAGCUGGGAAGAGGCCAAAUUUGAACCCAGGACCUCCCAUCUCUAGCCCUGGCUCUCAAUCCACUGAGCCACCCAGCUGCCCCCAACACUUUCAAUUUUCAACAAUUUCAAAGUUCCCAGCCAACUGUAACCUUAUCCCUGUUUCCUUUCAAAGAGUUGGAUUCCAUUUUUCCCUAACCAAAGGCCUGGUCAUAUCUUUUGUGUUCAUUUAAUCCAUUCCUAAACCUCUCUGCCUAUCUCACAGGCUUUUCGGGGAAGCAGCUUCACAUUAUCCCCCAACUUCAAGAGCUGAGAAUUUCCAGCUGCAAUUUUACAAAGAGCAACCACGUGAAGUUUACUAUGUGGAAACACUGGCUGAGCUUUCCUGUAGCAAUCACAUCCUAAAUUGUUAUGAAAGUAAUCCUGUUUCACCGAUUCUUGUCAUUAAGCCUUUACCUUCUCUCUCAGAGUCAGUACUGUGGCAGAAGAAUUGUAAGGGCUGGGCAAUGGGGGUUAAGUGACUUGCCCAAGGUCUUGCAGUUCUGAAGUGUCUGAGGUCAGAUUUGAACCCAGGACCUCCCACCUUGAGGCUUGGCUCUGUAUCCAUGGAGUGUCCAUCUAGGUGUCCCUGCUUCACUGAUUCUUCACUUCUAUUAAGUUUGUUUAUUGACUGCCCUCCCACAUUUGGGAAGGGAGGGGAGGCCCUGAAUGUCCAGGCUCUUUAAGUUCCCUCCAAAGUUCCUGUUCUUACCAGGUGGUUCUUCUCGCCUGCUCUGUAUCUGCCUCUCUUAGCCCAUGUUGUCAACUGCUCCAGACGUGGGAUACGUUAGUGCCCAUUUCCCCAUUACACCAGAGCGAAACGAAACGGGCUCGUCAAAGAGAGCAGUUUCCUGGCGCCCCAAACAGCAUGGAUUGAGUCGGGCAUCAGCGGUGGUGAGCCGCUGGUACUAGGCCAGCCCAGCUGAAGUCUUUGAUUUACCAGCCUGGCAGGAAAGCUUAAGGAAUUCUAAUCCGAUUCUGGAAAGGAAAUGAAGAAAUGGGUUCCAACUGCCUGCUGUUCUAGAGCCCUGAAGACCCUCUUCCGCAUUCCUGCGUUCGGGGCCAAGUUCUGUAGCUAGUGAUGAGUGGCGGCCAGACACGCGUCCUGCUGAUGCCUAGCCCACUGCCCGACUCGGCCUUACUUCCUGGUUAGAGCUCCAAGUUAGAUCUCACCCCAUUGUAAUCCUAGUUCCCCAUACGGGAAUUGCCACAUUUUUGUUAGGCUAAGAAGUUGGUAAACUAUUUGGCCCAAUA